GAGGGACUUCGAGCUCAGUGAUGUUUGCUUUUGUAACAGCGAUUCGAGCGGUAGCGAACAAUCAUAUGCCCUUAACAGGCGGGCUACAUACUGUAUAUAUUGAGCUUGCACUUCACCCGGGAAACCGAAGCUCCCACAUCACCGAUGCCGCAUACCGUACAUACAUACAUGCACGUAGAUCAGGAUUAGAUGUUGCGGUAAACUGAUAUGCAGGCAGGGAGAGCUGGAAGCUGCUGUCAUCUUCGACGCGUUAGUCCGAAAACAUGCUGCUCGAUUUCGGACAUGCACAGAGAUGCACCGCUUGCACAUGCACAGUGUAAUCCAAACGGCAAACAGCCAUGCUCAAAUGAGUACUGGGCCCAGAGCUCAAUACUAUCAAGCGACGGACAGCUUCAAGCUCGGCUAUCACACGCGUAUGCCUUGGAAAGGCAAAUCGUCUUCGGAUUGGUGGUGGUCCAAAGGCAAAGGCAAAGGGAAAGGCAAGGGCAAGGGCAAAAAGGCCCGCAAAGAUGAAGAGCCAGAAUGGCCGUCGUCAACCUUCCUUCUCACAACGGAGGAAACUGACCAACGCACGCACUUGGAUGACACCGUCGUCCGCUCAAAGCCAUACGAACGCCUGCUAGACAUCAGCGAGUUCUGGACGGCCGAUGUUGAGAGCAACAAUGCGAACGGCGGCAACACUUCCGGGAACGACGAAAGUGGUGGCAAGGGUUCGUCGCCCGCCCGGCAACGCCCACCCACCCUCAUGCAGCUAUGCGCAGUCGUAGCCGCCCGCAAUCACCACCUCCUCGCCGGCGUCGGACGUGUUCCCUACACCGGCGGGAAGCUGAUACUCAACGAGCUCUACCUCCACAACGCCAAGCUUACACCCAUACUUCUCAAUGCAAUUUUAGGCGCAUAUCCCGAGGUGCGCGAGAAGAAUGCAAGGCUCGUGCUGCGAGGGACGUUUGAUCGCGAUGGAAGGGGCGGGGCUUAUGAUCCGAUUUUGAGGCGGAUUGCUGCGACGGAUGGGUUCGUUGAUGAGGACGAUGAGGAUGGUGACGUACCCGGCACCGGCAUCCCCGCCAGCAUGAAUGUGGGCAUUGUGGGCCGGUACGUCACGCAUUUGGAUGUCAGCAACACGAAUUUUCGGGAUGAUAUGGCGUGGUGCUUGAGUGGACUGGCUGCGCUGAAGGUGCUGGAUUUGUCCGGCACGGAUAUCGGAGAUGAGGGGAUCCGAAGGAUGCUGAGGCCUGCCUUGUAUGCUGGCACCCGAACUGCGGAGCAAGCGAAUGUGCCCGUUCUGGAUCUGGAUGCCGGUUUGCAUAUUGAGUUUGAAGAGGCGUCAGCGGCAUCAUCGCAGGAGCAAGGGGUCCUGACCGUUGUGCUGAGCAGUCUGUCACACCUGAACCUAUCGAAAACACUUGUCACCGAAUCAUGCGUCGGCUAUCUUAUCCGUCUACCGACCCUGCUGGCAGUGGACUUGACGGGAACGAAACAGUCAUGCAUCCGUGCGUUUCGCGAGAGGGCCGGUCUGGCAAUGGAAGGCACUGCCUCCGGGCAUCAAACAGACUGGUACACGCUCCCCCGAGGUAUACCACUUUUUCCGACCCGGCGCACGAAUGGCAACGCAGCGGCUCCAACAUGCGCCAUCACUGCCGACCAAAUAAUCCGAGUCGCGGGACUCACAACGCCUGCCCUGCCCUCGGAACGCAUCCGAGAAAUCCUAACAGCAGCGCAUCCCCUACCACCAGUCCAAAUCACAAAGGAAACAACCGCAGCCGACCCUCAAAACCACCACCGCACAGAACUCUGGCACUACCUCCGCAACGCCCGUCUCACAUCCAACGACACGCGUGAGACCACAAUCACUUUCCAGCCACCCCACCCAUCCGCAACCUCCACGGCAGCAAAACAACCCCGUGUUCGAACUGUUUUUGGGUAUCAUGAAACGGACCGCGUCGUGCCGUCGCUGGCUAGACAGGUCAUGGAUGAUGGGCUGGUACGCCCGGCAGUUGUGGAGGACGAGGGUUGGAGAUUUGUUAAACUUGCACGCGACACGGGUGGGCAACGUGAGAGAGAGGAUUACGCCGUGCGACCGAAAGCGAAGCUGGCGACGUUGAAAAGAAGGGAGACUACAGGCACGGUAGAUGUGCUUCCCGCUAUGAAACGCCCGAGGAUGUGGUUGGAAACUACCAUGUUCGUGCAAGAUAUUGCAGCGGCCGAGAUUUCGACAUCAGGAUCGAGUCUCGUUUUUCCUGGUGCCCGUGACCCUCUUGAACGAACGCCGCCCGACGACAUGUCGUCCCAGCAAACCCUCGUCUCGGCGCACAUCCCGCAUACCUCCUCACCGCCGCUUCAGCCCUCGGUUACCGCGGAACCCAAAUCAUCAAUAGCCGCCAUUUUCCGCGCUCGAAACGCAUCCAGCACCAUUGCGACAGCACCCACACCACCUUCCACCGCCGCAACGCCGUCCAAAUCCAACCCAUCGUGUGCCCCAACGACACCCUCAACUCAACAACGCAGGAGCUUCUUCUCCCGCUCGUCGGCAGCACCGCAUACGUUCGCGCAGAAACAGACGCAGCGCACAUCGCACUCCCAAUCGCCAAUCGGCGAAACACCGCCUGCCGUACGCCCGCCGGUUAUGCAAAUGCCGCAUGUCUCACAUGUCGCGCCGCCUGCGCAUAUCGCGCCCGCUGCUGAAGCUAUGGCGGUUCCUGCAGCUACGCCGCAGGCGAAUAAGACACGUGUGCCGAGAGGUAUCCUGAGGCUGAGGCAGCAGCAGAAGUGAGUGCGACUUGCAAGCCAAUGAGGGCAGUUCCAAAUAGAUUGCUUGGAGAAUACCGCCAGGACAUCAUAGGUGAACCUCACCUCUUGCCCUCUGCCGGCCGGCUCUCCCUGCAUGGAUGUGCAGAGCGAGGAGG